GGAAAACUUCACCCACCCAGCUAACUUACUCCAAUACCGCGACCGUAACCGCCACCAUGACAGACUCCAUCUACGACGAGAUAGAGAUAGAGGACAUGACCUUCGACAAGGAGCGAAACCUGUACACAUAUCCUUGCCCCUGCGGCGACAGAUUCGAGAUCUUGCUGAACGACCUGCGCGAUGGGGAGGAGAUCGCCGUGUGCCCGAGUUGUUCCUUGAUGAUUCGGGUGAUUUUUGAGGCUGUGAGUUUUGUUGCCCUUCCUUCCCGUUGCGCUGUGUGGAGUAUGUGUGAGGGCUGAUGGGGAUGGGAUGGGUUUCUAGACUGAUUUGCCGAGUGCGGAGAAGGAGGGUUUGAAGGGGAAGAUGGAAACUGCGGUUGCGGUUGCAGUUUCCGCCUGAGUGGGAUUCGGGGGAUUGGAUUGGAUGCUUCUGAGGUGGUAGUUCCGGACAAGGGAAGAUUACGCUCGUAUAUCCGAACCCGGAUGUGCGGGCUAUGGGGUGGAUAUUUGUUUGCUUGUUGGGUUGUGCUGUACAGUACUCAUUUGGGCGUUCAACGGUUUCCAAAAAAAAGGGGGGGGGGAAGUCUUUGAAGUUUCCGAAAAUUAAAUAACUUGCACAAACCCGCUCACUUCAUAUGAAGACUUCUUUUUCUAGAAGAGCAAGGUUUUGGUAUUACGAUCCCCAGUAGCCCGUGUAUCGCCCGAGGGCGCAGAGUAAAGCUACAGAAGCCAGAAGGUGAGAAAAUAAGAGAGCUAGGAGAGCAAGAAGGAAAGGGACAGAGAAUCUACGAAUUCAUAGGAUCCAGCCCCACAAACCCAACCUUGGUUCCAACCUCCUCCUCCAAUAGAUCUUUCAUCCGACUCCCAUCCCGGGCUGACACCCAAUCGUCACAAUUCCAAUCGUACCGUUUCGGUCCGCUCACAGGGGAGCUUAGCCAUAUCUGCCUAUUAAAGGGCUGCUUGUUCAGGACAUAGAUCCCAUUUGGAUGGACGAGGGUUAAUACGCCGGACUAUCCUCUCGCCGUCAAUAGCUACAUUCCAGCAGAGAGAGAGUGUGUGUGCGGGUGCGCAGGGGGGGAGGGACAAACAUUGAACUCGACGUCAAUAUCAUCUCGUUCCUCUGUCAACCCCUCAAAUGCCCCACAUAGUAUUUCGAGACUUGCGUCGGCAAUGACAUGGUAUUCGUGCAUUUCCAGAAGCCGUGGUGGGGUGGCUUGAGUUGAGAACUUGCGGGGCUGAAAGGAGUGGCUUGAAGACACUUUGGCGGAAAGCAGGCGGGGCAGGAUUGCACGGUGGGUUAUUGUCCGGGUCAGGAGGGGGGAGGUGAGAAAUAUUGGUUUGGGGCGGAUGCGGUGCAGGGGGUGGCGGAACAUUGGAGAUACGGGAUUUGGGGUGGGGUUGCUGUUGCGCUGAUCGAUGGAUGGGUGAUGGUGGAGGAAGGUAGAGGAGGGUGGGAAAAGUGAUGACUGUAGGGGUCGAUGGAUGAUGACGGCGUUGCUGUUUGAGGCGCUUCUGAGGCUCUGUGCGGCUCUGUGCUAGGGAAAGGGUAGGCAGAUCAGGGGUUGUGGGAGGCUGCAGUUAAGCUCUGUUUCGCGCGGUAUGGAAGAGGCCAUACUGGUUGGC